CCCUCCAAAGCAGCGAUGGCCAGCGCUGCUGACCUUCGCGCUCAUUAUCUUCUCACUCACACUCGUCGGUCACGAUCGAGUUGACGUCUGUGUCCUCACCCACCAAGCAGCCGCCCCAUACCCGCCGGAGCAUCAUAAUAGCUAGCAGACUCACGAAAACGCUCAGCAGCGCAACCAACACGGAUCACCACCCGCGGCUCCUCGGUCCACCUCGAGAAGCAAAGCAAGUACUGCAUUCUUUCUCGAGUCGCGAGCAUACAACGUACUCGCACUGCGCAGCUCAAAGCCUCUCUCCGUUUGGUCGUAGCACUAAUCUUGCUCUUGAGACCUGCAAUCGCCGUACAUAGCGUCCACCCGACAUGUCUGGAGCUCCGCCUGUCUUGCCCCCAGGGUGGACGGCGCAAUGGGAUCAGAGUGCCGGCCGCAAUGUGUACAUAGAGAGCGCUACGGGACGCACAUCUUGGACGCCGCCCAACGCCGGCAUGCCAGGCGCUAGACCGACGCAUCCUCAAGGCCAAGCUCGCAUGAGUCUGCCGCCCAUGCAAGGGCCUCCCUCCAUGAGAGGCCCAUCCGGAUUGGGUGGUCCUCCGACCACCGGUACGCCGCUUGGCGCUCCUCCCGGUCCCGGCGGUCCUCCAACCUCACCAGGCGGUGGUGCUGGCGCAGCGGCAGUGCCUGGCGCAUCCAGACGAAGAGCAUAUCCCACUGCUCACCUGGCAGCUAACAGCGUUUCCUUUUCGGGUGGAUUCGACCCGGGUGCGGGAGGUGGUGCUGGCUAUCCCGGUCACAUCCCUCAGGACACUCAGCAGUCUCAACUGUUCACGCCUGGCGCUCCUGAGCCUCAAACGCAGCUGUCUGGAGCCAGCCCUGGCGUCCCUUCGACGGCUUCUCCUUAUGGCCAGCCUGCUGCUUACCCCGGCCAACAGGCACCCAAUGGUCAUGCGCAGCAGCCCUAUCCAGGUCAGCAAGGAGUGUCCGGGCUCGCCAACCAGUUCCAACACAUGGGCAUCGGCAGCCAGGUCGGAGCUAGAGGGAAUCCGCUGCUCACUGUAAAUCUGUCAGGCGUAAAUCCGGUCGUCACUGACCUGAACAGACCCCCGCCAGAGAUCAAGCUGCCGCCAGGGGCCAGCGUCUCGCAGAAUCCCCUCGCAAAUGCGGAUCCGUCGUACCAGCGAUGCACACUGAACGCGGUGCCAACCACAUCGGCGCUCCUGAACAAGUCCAAAAUUCCCUUUGGAUUGGUCUUGUCCCCUUACAGAUCUGUCAGGGAAGCAGAUGGAGAUCAGCCUGUGCCAGUGGUUAGCGACACUGUUAUUGCGCGUUGCAGACGCUGCCGCACCUACAUCAACCCCUACGUGACGUUCAUCGAGGGCGGCAACCGGUGGAAAUGCUGCAUGUGCAACAUCUCCAACGAGGUGCCUAACCUUUUCGACUGGGAUCAGGAAACGAAUCAGCCUGCUGACAGAUACCAGCGCCCAGAGCUCAACCACUCCGUCGUCGAAUUCAUCGCCCCCCGAGAAUACAUGGUUCGACCGCCACAACCUCCUGUCUAUGUCUUCUUGAUUGACGUCAGUCAAGUUGGCGUGAAUAGCGGAAUGGUGUCCGUAGCUGCAAAGACCAUCCUCGAGACAUUGGAUCGCUUGCCCAAUGAUGACAACCGGGCAAAGAUCUCCAUCAUCGCUGUCGACACCGCCUUGCACUUUUUCUGCUUACCAGUGGGCCAGACUGAGCCGGAAAUGCUCGUUGUGAGCGACCUGGACGACGUGUUCCUGCCCAAGCCAAACGACAUACUGGUCAAUUUGACAGAGUGCAGAGCUGGCGUCGAAGCUCUUUUGCAAAGAUUACCCGACAUGUUCAAAGAUACGCUUGUUCAUGGAUCCGCCCUCGGCGCGAGCUUGCAAGCCGCGUACAAGCUCGUUUCUGCAAUCGGAGGAAAGAUCAUGGUACUGACAGCCAGCUUGCCUACUGUCGGGCCUGGCGCACUAAAGAACAGAGAAGACAUCAAGCUGCUCGGCACCUCGAAGGAAAGCACCUUGCUCAAUGCUGCUUCCACCUUUUACAAGACCUUCCCAAUCGACUGCUCUAGGUCUCAAGUCAGCGUCGACAUGUUCCUCUUUGCUCAGAGCUACACCGACGUGGCCACGCUCGCGUGCCUGCCUCGCUACACUGGAGGUCAAACGUACUUUUAUCCCGCUUUCCAUGCUGGGAGAGCCGAAGAUGCAGCCAAAUUUGCCCACGAGUUUGGAGAGGUCUUGGCCAGUCCCAUUUCUUUCGAAGCUGUCCUGCGACUCCGCGCAACCAAGGGAGUCAGAGCUGUUGGAUUCCAUGGCAACUUUUUCGUUCGCUCUACGGACUUACUCGCACUGCCGGCUGUCCCGUUGGACCAGAGCUACGCCAUCGAAUGCGAAAUCGAGGAGACGAUCAACGCGCCGUUCAUUGUCUUGCAGAGCGUCGUCCUGCACAGCACCAGCUACGGCGAAAGACGCAUCCGAGUGGUCAACUUGGCGCUACCGACUACUACAAGCUUGUCGGAAGUAUACGCUGGCGUGGAUCAAGUAGCAGUGGCCGUGCUGCUGGCAAACAAGGCAGUGGAACGCAGCAUCCACCACAGACUGGAAGAUGCGAGAGACGCUUUGUCGAACAAGAUGGUGGAUAUUCUGCAGACCUACAAGGCGACGAUGACGAGUGCCGGAUCGGGCGCUAGUCCUCAACUGGCCAUCGCGUCCAAUAUGGCCUUACUGCCCUUGCUCAUUCUUUCCCUCCUGAAACACGUCGGAAUCAGGGCCAGUUCUCAGAUUCCGUCCGAUCUGAGAGCGUAUGCGCAAGCCCUGCUCACAACGCUACCGGCUCAGCUCUUGAUCCCGUACAUACAUCCAGACUUUUACUGCUUGCACAACAUGCCACCUGAAGCCGGCACGAACAGGUCGGAAAAUGGCAGGGAAGCAGUCAUCUUCCCCGCCAAGCUCAACCUCUCUUCGGAAAGGCUCGAGAGGCAUGGGCUGUACAUGAUCGAUGCUGGGCCGGAAGGUGUUAUGCUUUGGCUCGGAAGAGAUGCUGUGCCGCAGCUCUGCAUCGAUGUGUUCGGAGCGGACAAUUAUCAGUCGGUUCGAGGUGGAAAGACGACGCUGCCGGUGCUAGAAAACGCAAUGAACAAGCGCGUGCGGACAUUGGUGGAUCGUGUCAGGGUGUCGCGCAGAGGACCUUACUUGCCGCACGUCUUUAUCGUCAAGGAAGACGGAGAGCCGGCUCUGAGACUCUACGCCCUUUCCAUGCUGGUGCAGGACAGGUUUGAACAGAGCCCGAGCUAUGUUCAGUGGCUCGGCACGCUCCGGGACAAGGUGAAUGGCGCAUCUUAGGUGAACAAGGUUCAAGAGCAACCCAUCUUUGCCCGCCUGCGCCUUGUUUAACCUACUCAUCAAUGGACUGAAUCUGGUCUCGGCAAAGCCGUUGGCCGUGGCUUCAUUUCGAUUCGAGUGAUGAGCCUUGAAUCGCUGCCCAGUGCACCCACACCUUAUCGGUCGAGCGCCGAGUGAUGCACUCGGCGACAGAGGCCGCUCACACCACAAUUCAAUCGCUCCCCUACCUUUUGCCACGUCUUCUUUUCUUUAAAAUCCCACAACGCUUGGUACAGACGAAUCCAAAAUGCGACGUUGACCACGA